AAUAUGAACCCUCAUUAGAAUAAAUGAUAAGUGAAAGAAACUAUUUCACUGCAUAUUAACUAUCUCUACAGAUCAUUCUUUGUGUUUGUUGCAGACACAUUUAGCUUUUUUGGAGAUAUUUUGAAGGGUAACUCAACAUUUUAGGACUUCUUUCGAGCAUUGACUUAAAUGAUUGCAUAGAAGAGUCCAUCAUCAGUGAUGAGAGGAUGACGGAGACAGAAGCAGCCCCUCCUUUUCUUUCUUCUUUUUUCAUGGUGGUGCCUUCAGGGUCCUUCUUUUUCAUUUGGACCUUUGAAGUGUGAAUAAGUCUAAAUUAUAGGAGUCUGUCACCACACCCAGACCGCAGGAUUAAGCCCCCCUGGUUUCGACUCUGUGUCUGUCAGCAGAAGCAUCGACUGCUCUUCUUUUACCUUGUAAUUAUUUUGACAAGUCGGAAGCAGCUCCUUACCUUCGCAGAGAGCCUCCUGUCUGUUAAUCUGCUCUGAAAUGGGGAACAGCAAACCUCCAGCGCUCCUCUCAAUUAUCGGUGUCAUGCUGCUUUGGCCGUAUGCUCUCACCAGGAGCGUCUCAUCCAGACUUCAAACUGAAGACAGCAACCUUCUCUCUGCAGGUCAGGAAGAAGAGCGCCCUCAUGUGGUGAAACGGUCAACACAGACAUGUGAUAGCACAUUUGACAGUUACUGUCUGAACGACGGCAAGUGUAUGCUGCUGGUGGACAUCAACGAACACCACUGCAAGUGUGACAGUGGCUUCUAUGGGCCCAGGUGUAGCCAAAUGGAGCUGGUGGUUCAGCCAAUAGGAGAGGAGCAGAUCAUCCUCACUGUGUUCUGUGUGAGUCUGCUGCUGAUCGGUCUGGCUGGAGCACUGUACUUCUGCUGCAAGUGGUAUAAGAAAAACAGAUUCUCCCGUCCCCCGAAGCGGCAGGGCUACAAAGGAGUCCAGACUGCUUAGACUGCUACACAUUUUUACUACAUUCCCAGCUGGAAAGGCACACCUGGAUUUCACAGAUUUUUACAAGAAAAAUUCCACAUGACAGUACUGGACGAGUUCACACUCUGAGACUUGUUAGCACAAAUAGUAAAUAUUCAAAAAUAGUCAUGUAAUAGUCGGGAUGUUAACCACCAAGCAAUGGUACCAAAGUGUCUUCUUUUUUUAGCUCUUUGUUGCAAGUUCAUAUGAAACUGAUUUUAAUAUUUCAAAGGUUUCGGAUCAGGUCACAGCUUUUAAUGUGCAAAAUAGAUAAAAAAUAAGAUCACGUGUGAACUGUCCAGCUGCCUUCAGAGUAAAUCCCUGGUAUACUGUUCUACACAGCUUUAUAGUUUUUAAUUUAUAUCUGACAUUUCUGCUUGAACAAGUAGCUAUAGUCACUUUUUGUGUUUUUCUAGCAGUUAUUUAGCCGUUGAACGAGUCAUUAAGUAUAGUACCUCUAUGUUUUAUUGUUUGCCAUUUGUUAAGUCAUAACAUUUUUUAUUAUUGUUAAUUUAUUGAUGGUGUAGACGCUGGAAGCUCUGUUACUUCUUUUGAAUGUUUUACUCCAGUUUGACUUGUUAUUUCUGUUUAUGACUCUUCUGUUAUUUUAUACAACACUUAGGUCUGAAGGGCACGACUGAUAGUCCUUACAUUCUUCAAAGUCCUUUUAUCUACAUCUGAUGUAUUGUUUUGUUUUCUCAAAGGAAAGUGCAGAAAUGUAAAUAAAAGGAAAUACUUUUCAAAAUGUCA